GCAGUGGCUUAUCGAUUCCGUUUUCGUUGUCGUUAUCGUAUAGGCAUAGGCGUUAUCAUCGCGGAGUGCGGAGUGCGGACUGCGGACUCAGUCUCAGUGUAUUGUUGAUAGGGAGAUUGACGUACGUAUACGGCGGAUACGGCACACACUUGCGGAUUUACUUGUUACUUGUUAAAUAUUACUAGUAAACUUGCAAUUCCGCAUUUGACAUUCGUUACUUUGCACGCAGCCCGCUGCCAUUAUUAGUAUAUUGUAACAUCUAUUGCUGUUGGCUUUUAUUCAAUCAUCUACCGUUGACAUACCAGUGUCAAAUUAUUGAUAUUGUGCUAUACAUCCUAAAUUUUGAACUUCAUAUUUGAUUAGAAGAAACAUUUCUAUCUGACAUAAUGACAUACCAAACAAUUAAAACUUUUCAUUCAAAAAAAAAUAUAUUUCUAACGGGUGGUUCCGGAUUUGUCGGAGUUUCUUACAUGGAAAAAGUACUCAGAACCAUGCCGGAUGUUGGGAAUAUAUAUGUUUUACUUCGUCCAAGGAAAGCUCAAGGCAUCCAAGAAAGAUGGGAAUCUAUUAAACACAAUUCGGUGUUUGAUGUUAUGAGAACUUCUGAGGAUUUUGAUGCAUUAUACGAUAAAAUAAAGCCUGUAAGUGGAGAUAUUUCUGAGGAAAAGUUGGGAUUAUCUGAUGACGAUUCUAAAAUGUUAUGUGACAAUGUAAAUAUUGUAGUGCAUUGUGCAGCCACAUUAGAUUUUGAAACUGAUCUCAAAACAGCUGUAAAUAUCAACUUAUUGGGUACCAAACGUGUAGUAGAACUAUGCAAACAAAUAAAAAACCUUCAAUGUUUAUUGCAUGUGUCUAGUGCCUAUGUUAACAGUAAUAAAAAUUAUGCAAUGGAAAAAAUUUAUGAUGCACCAGCAAACUAUAAUGAUAUCAUUAAUUAUGCUCAAACUAUGGACGACGAACAAUUCAACAGUACUGCUGAAAAGAUCUUGGGAGAUCAUAUCAAUACUUAUACAUUCACUAAAGCUUUAGCUGAGCAUGUUGUUAAUGAUGCUAAAAAUAUUAUUCGUACCUGUAUAGUACGGCCCAGCAUGAUUGUUGCUGCAUGGAAAGAACCUGUUGAAGGCUGGACAAUAUCAAAAAAUGGCCCUCAAGGAUUUAUAAUGGGUGCUUUAAAGGGUGUAGUUAGGCGUUUACCAGUAAGCCAGUCUUUAAUAUAUGAUUAUAUACCAGUAGAUGUGGUAAUAAAUACAAUUAUUGCUGCUACAUGGUUUAGUGCUCAAUUGCCAGAGAGUACACCAACUGUAGAUGGACAAACGCCGGUAUUUCAUUGCACAACUAGCACAUGUAAUCCAUUCCAUUGGAAAGAUCUUUCAUCAAUAUUAUCAGAUACUUUACAUAAGUAUCCCAUUUAUGGUUCUGUGUGGUAUCCAAACAUAAAAUUUUUGCCCAAUUUAAACAUGUAUUGGAUUUCUUCAGCUAUUUAUCAUUUCAUUCCAGCUUAUAUAUUAGAUUCUAUUACCAAAUUAGCAGGUAGAAGACCAGUCCUUAUACGAUUACAUCAAAAUGUGAACCGAUCACUUAGUAAACUUUCACCGUUUAUAUUUAACGAAUGGAAAUUUGAUAAUGCUCGUACACUUCGUCUACAAGAAGAACUGAGUGUGGAUGAUAAAUCUGUAUUUAACAUUGAUCCUACAUCCUUAAAUUGGACUUCGUUUUUUAUAAAUCUGACAAUGGGUGUACGAACAUAUUUACACAGAGAAGAUGAAAGUACAAUGGAGAUAGCAUUAAAGAAAGACUUCAAAUUAUUUAUAGCAAACAGCGGACUCAAGUUAUUUUUAGUGAUUGGAAUAUGGUAUUUAUCUUCAUUCAUAACUGGUACACCAAUGUUAGCCAAUUUUUGGGUUGCAUUAAUGGUUAUUAUUUUUGGAUAUUUUUUUUAAGUUCUCUAAUUGAAAUAAUAGUAAUUAAUAGUUUUUAAUAUGAAUUGGCAUUGGUUUGUAAUUUGAAAAUUUUGCUAUAUAAGUAUUUAAUGAAUUACUUUUUAUAUUUAUUUAUAGUUAUUAUAUUAAUUAAUUCAGUAUUAUAUUAUUAAUUUUUUUUUUUUUAUAAUACUAAUAUUUUAAAUUAUAUUAUUCUCCUUAUAUUCAGUAUUCUUGAAGUAUUAAAUUUAAGCUGGUUUUUUUGUUAUUUUUAUUAUUAAACUAAAAUAAACAUUUAAUAAGAACAAGUUGUAUGUUUUCCAUCUAUUUAUAUUUCAUUUUAAUGAUAUGUAAUGAAGAUAUUUUCGCUAUAUUUAAUAGUAUGUUUAGAUAUUUAAAUAUUUUUUAGAAAUGGAGAAGAUACUUUAAAAACAAUUCUUAUCCUGUUCAAAUACUUGACUACUAACUUUUUUUUAAAUAUCUAAAAGUGGUCCUGGUUAAUGAUGAUGCUAAUAGAGCAAGUCAUUGGAAAUCUGUCUGUAUCCUAUUAAGCUAGGCUCCAUGGUAUUUAUCCUUGUAUUAACUAUUUUAUUGAAAAAAUAAAUGUCUCGAUUCCAAUAUGGUUUGGAUUU